AUGAAGGUCCAUUGUCAAGCCUAUGAACAGGGCAGGAUUUCGCUUGAGACGUGGCUUCGAGACCAGAAACUAGGAAUGUGGCAGUCAAAGCCAGAAGAAGUGUCAAUAGAAGCGGAAAUGGCAAGUCGGCUCGAAUCAGCCGAUGAAGAGGUUAUCAUAGCAUCAGAAGAGCUCAGCUCAACACAGUCGUCCGAGCCCAUAUCGAGACGUCGGUUGGCAUUUAGACCACCGCCUGAACCUCGUCCUCUCAGUAUGGCGUCCAAUCGUCCUGAUACCACGUCUAACGAAUGUGCACCGGGCGCUGGACCAUCUAAACCAACUACCGCUUCAUCAUUCAGUGAGGAGGAACGCCUGCCGCGAAAGUCCAAAACCUGGAGCCAUGACGAGAUAAUGGUAUUUUACGAAGGGCUGAAACAGUGCGGAAAGGAUUUUGAUGGUGUGAUGCGUAUAAUGGCCAAGCGAAAAGUUGAAAAGAAUAAAGAGCAGACGAAAAAUUACUAUUUCAACCUAUUGAAACACGUUAAGCAAUCAAUCUCUUUGGAUGAAGAUUCCAUGGGGGACAUUGGACGUGAUGCGAAGGAAUUGUUCAUCACUAUAAAUGCUUGCGAAUGGAGACGACGAACUCAUACUAAUCAGUAUAUCCCGGAGCGAAUGAAAGAACUGAUUUUUCAUGGUUGUACGACUAUUCCUAUACGCGAUAAAUCGAAGAAGAAAAGUGUACCUGUGAAGAUCAAGACUCCGCCCUGUCCGUCCCUGCUGAAGUUUUUCUACAGCAAUCAGCUCGAUAAGUUUCCCUCCGAAAUCAUCGUCUCACUGAAGCCGAUGACGUACGCUGAUGCUUCCUAUGUGGUCAGUUGCGAACAAAAUCCACUUAUUCGAAUCCGGCUGAACACAAACGACCGCAUUUCAAGGAUUUUUCAACUUUUGAAGCAUAAGUGGUCCUCAGCAUUGGACAGAUUAGAUGCGAAUGGAAGUCGAAGAUCAUCCGGUCCACGUCCCGAAGUUCGUCUAUUUGCUGGUAAAGAUACUGAAGUAGGAAGAGUAGUUCUAAACGCCACCGAGUUGGCACCGGCCGUAGGAUUGUCGUUAAACAAGCUGAGGAAGGAACGGGAGGACCGCGAAGCACUGAAGUCCAAGCGAUCUCGGAAUGCACAAGUGAACACUGAGCCUUCCUAUACGGUGUCAAUAUCGCACAAUUUCGUCCUGAACGAAGAUAUCAUGAAGGAUGGGUUGUGUGAGGAGAAUGUUCGUGACGCAAUAGUAGCCGAGAUCUAUUGCUUGUGUGGCAUGACUCCGAUUGUAGAACUGGUGUACAGUGUUCGAACCGCUCCAAGAUUACGAGAACCGUGUGGCGAAUUAUGGUAUCUUUACUGGAACGCGACUACGGCGAGGCGAUUCUCGAUACAGCAAGAAAACGACCUAUUGAUAGAGGAUCCGCCAUCAAAGAUGCGUCCGGUGAGAAACUCUCGGAACAAGCUAACACCACAAAGUAACGUUGGAUCUCCACUCAAUGUGAUACAAGAAGAGGCUCCACAAACACCAGUGGUGGUCCAGCCAGUACUUGUGGAAAGUUCUGUGUUCUGA